AGAACAUGGCAGUCAUGAAAAGCAUAAUUCUAGCCGCGUGCAUAGUUCUAUGCACAGCCCAGCCUAUAGAGAAGUCGGAAGAAAAGCUCCCAGUACUAAAGGUGCAACCCGCCGAAGUGCUGUUCAAAGCCGACAAUUACUCCACUGCGUUGCUAGAGUGCGCUACUGAAGGGAAGGAGAAAAAUGUCAAGUACUCCUGGCUCAAGAACGGGAAGCCAUUCGACUGGGAGAAAGCCGGACACAUUGCCCAACGCCCAGGAGAAGGAAGCCUCAUGUUCUUCAAUCCUAAACCUGAAGACGAGGGGAAAUACCAAUGCCUGGUGGAGACACCAGCUGGAACCGCUAGCUCACGCCAGAUCCAGCUAAAACGAACCUUCAUCAAUGCCCAACAAGUAAAAACUCAAGAACACACUCCAAUUGAAGGAAAACCAUACAAAUUGGACUGCCCUAUACCAGAAUCCUAUCCAAAACCGAAAAUUGUCUGGAAAACACAGCUUCGUUCGGACCCAUCCAUCGUUGAAGAGUUCCUGAGCCGCAGAAUCACUUUAUCUCCUGAUGGUACGCUAUGGUUCUCGAAUGUAACGGAAUCCGAUGUCAGUCCCAGCUUCAAAUACGUCUGCUUCGCCCAAACUCCGGCUUCUGGUGAAGAUGUGGUGUUGGCUGAACAUUUUUUGAAGUCUUUGGUGCAAGAUAAGGGUCCUAAGGAUGGGGAGUUGACUCCUCAGUACGUUAGCAAUGAUAUGGUGGCUAAAGUCGGCGAUAUCACCAUGAUCUAUUGUAUUUACGGUGGAACCCCACUAGGCUUCGUCACUUGGUACAAAGACGGAAAGGAGAUUGACGCCAAGCCAGGUGACAGGGUAACAGACCACAACCGCACCAGCGGUAAGAGGCUGCUCAUCAAGGACACCCUGCUGGAAGACCAGGGCGAGUACAAGUGCGUGGUCAGUAAUGAAGUGGGCAAGAAACAAACUCACACCAUGAAGUUGACCGUAGUCAGUGCUCCAAAACUCUCCAAAAAAGCGGAAAAGCAGAUCAAUGUGAAAGAAGGCCAAGAUGUCUCCAUUCCGUGUCAAGUUACUGGAUUGCCUGAGCCUAAGGUCUCUUGGACUUACAACGCUAAGUCCCUUGGUCAAAGAGCGAUAUAUAAAGAUGGUGUAUUGACUAUCAAAAACGCUAAAAAGGGUGAUACCGGCUAUUACGGGUGUAAGGCUGAAAAUGAGCAUGGAGAUUUGUACGUGGAAACCUUGGUUCAUGUCGCUUAGACUGCGUAGGAAUGGCUAAUAAUUUUAAUCUGUCUACCUAUAUAGUUAUA